AUGGCUGGUGGAGCAGAAGAAGGCCAAACAUUGGAGUACACUCCGACAUGGGUUGUCGCCGCCGUCUGCACCGUCAUCGUCGGUAUCUCCCUCGCUGUCGAGCGCCUCAUCCACUAUACCGGAAAGUUUCUGAAGAAGAAGAACCAAAAGCCUCUCUUCGAAUCUUUACAGAAAGUAAAAGAAGAGUUGAUGCUGUUAGGGUUUAUAUCGCUGCUUCUGACUGUGUUUCAGAACAGAAUUAUCAAGAUCUGUGUGAAUGAGGAUGUAAUGAAGCACCUCCUGCCCUGCUCGUUGCGGCCGGAAUCGUCUUCUAACGAAGGAGGAGGAUCUUCUCACGCUGAGCCCAAAACAACUUCUCAUUUUCAGCGCUUGUUGGCCGAAGGAGCAGCCAAUGGUGGUUACUGCGCUGCAAAGGCGGCCUUGAUUUGGAUUAUAUAG